UUUUUGAGUGAUGUUUAAAAUUUACCAUUCAAGAUUUUUUGAUUCUCCGGUUUACUGCUGACUUAUUUUCAAUAAGUUUGGUGUACUGAAGUUACCAUGCUCAUUACAAAGAUUGAAGCGAGGGAGGCUUGCGACUGGCUUCGAGCAGCCGGCUUCCCCCAGUAUGCACAGCUAUUCAAAGAUUGUCACCUUCCCAUUGACAUAGACUUGGUGAAGAGUGAUCAUGAAUUCCUGGAUAAGGACUCUAUUGAUUCCCUCUGCAGGAGAUUAAGCACUUUAAACAAAAGUCUUGAGAUGAAGCUGGAGCUCAACAGAUCCAAACGACGGGGCGAGGAUAAAGAUGAUGAAGAACCUUGCGCCAUAAGUCCAAAAUGGACUUUCGAAAGGAAAAGCAGGCGAUGGAUUCGUACCGACGACAUGGAUCUCCUGCAUUCUCCUGAAAGUCCAGCGUCUGACCUGAGGAGGUCAGGGAGUCAGGAGACUUCUCUGUCAGAUGGAGGAGAACAGCAUGAUGUCUGCUCCAUGCAUAGCUCCAGCAGCGCUGACAGUGAUGAUGGAGUUGGCGGCGCCCAAAAGGCCUUUGAGGAUCCCGAAACUAGCAGGAGUUCCUCCAGGUGUUCCUCCACCUAUCGGCCCCUGUCGCCGGACACCUCGUUCAGUGGACCCCCAUCACCUGGGGAGCUCCAGUCCUUUGGUAGUGAGCAGGGCUUCCACGAAAAGCCUCCAAGGAAGAAGGGCCAGAGUUUACUGAAGAAGAUGGAGAAGCUACGGCUUCGAAGGUCUACGCUACGUUCACCUACUCACGGCCUCAAGAGCCAGCUAGUCAUCAGCGGCCCCGUCUUACAGCAAGGUCUGGCCGAAGACAGACUGAAGCAGCUCCACUGCGUCGAGGUAUCGGAGCUUCACGACAAGGCGGGAAGCCCGGCUUCCUCCACUCCGCCUUCCGGUUCCAGCAGCAGUCAGUCAGAGAGCAGCAGCACGGUCAGCACCCCGAGUCCGGUAACCAGGGUCCGGAGCAACUGCAAGCGCACCGGAUCGCACCAUCGGUCCAACUGUCGCGACCGCAUCAACGAACAGGAACUCAACAACCAGCGUAACUGCCACGACGACACCGUCUUCGAGCUCCCGCACAGGUACAAGCCGGGCACCUUCCCCACGCGGCUCUCCCAUAACAACAGCCCCCUCUCGCCCAUCGACAACACCUCCGUCAACUGGAGGACCGGGAGCUUCCACGGGUACCGGGGCAGGAGGAGCAGAAGCAGCGCUUCCCAAGACCACGAGCUUCCCAGCAGCCCGUUGGCAGGCUUCGACCACCGGGCCAGCAUUUACGACAACGUGCCGGAGCACCUGGCCGAGCCGACCCUGGAAAUAAUUGACGACGACGUCUUCUCGGCUCUAGACAACGUAAUGGAGCGCAUUAAUGGUCUGCAGCAGCUGGUGACCACUUGGGCAGAGAAACUAUCUGAGGACGGGGACUCAGACUUCUCUCACUCCAGCUCUCCUUCACCCUCUUCGUUGACUGAUAUCCAUCUGGAGGUCAAUGAACCGGAGGAAACAGACAGGACUACCGUGGAGGGGAACUACGUCAACCGCCAGGGCGAGAUAGCAUCGGCACAGGCAGACCGAACCACUCCAGAGAGACCUGCUCGAGCUCAACAGCUCCACUGGUCCAGUGAGCAGACCCUUCUAACAGACGGCCCCGGCCUGGGCGUGGAGGUCCAGCUGGCCUCCAGUGUUUCUCUACUGCAAAGACUGAGUCUGCUGAAGCUGACGGCUCUUAUGGACAAACAUUCGCCCUUCAGCAAGCAGGGCUGGAACUGGACCGUUCCAAAGCUGUUCCGGAAAGUGAAGGCUUCCGAGAGGAGCAGGAGGGUGUUCGGGGUUCCUUUGCUCCUGAGCGUGCGUCAGUCGGGCAAACCUCUGCCCUCUGGCAUUCUCAGGGCAAUGCAGUACCUAAAGACGGAGUGCCUGGACCAGGUUGGACUCUUCCGGAAGUCUGGGGUCAAGUCUCGAAUUCAGUGCCUGAGGGACAUGGUGGAAGCCGACCCAGAGGGCGUGUCCUUCGAGGGCCAAUCAGCUUUCGACGUGGCCGACAUGAUCAAGCAGUACUUCAGAGACCUGCCGGAGCCGAUCUUUACCAGCAGGCUUUGUGAGACGUUCCUGCAUAUCUACCAGUAUUUCCCGAAGGAUCAGCAAUUUACUGGAGCUCAGGCGGCCAUCUUUCUUCUGCCGGACGAGAACAGGGAGGCCUUGCACAGUCUCCUGCUCUUUCUGCGGGAGGUGGUGGCUUGCGUGGAGGAGAACCAGAUGACUCCUACCAAUAUCGCCGUGUGCUUGGCUCCCUCGCUCUUUCACCUCAACACGCUUCGGAGAGACAGCAGCAACACCAGGUCAAGCCACAGGAAGUACAGCCUGGGAAGACCAGACCAGAGAGAUCUAAGCGAGAAUCUGGCUGCCACCCAGGGUUUAGCCCAUAUGGUUACGGAGGCCGCCCACCUCUUCCAGAUGCCAAAAUACUGGACGUUACAGAAUCCAGAGGGCGGUUCUGAAGACAGCCCGCAGUACGAAGGCGGUCUGACUUGCCCUUUGCGCAGUGGUGAGCGUGAACGUGAGGAACGGAUCCGAUUGGACCAGAUGACCCAGCGGUUCCUGAGAGAGGCCAAAGAGAAGUCCAAAGGCUGGGUUAACCUCUCCGGCUCUGAGCACGUGGAUUUGGCCUUCAGAAAGGUGGAGGACGGUAACCCGUUGAGGGAGUGGAGGGGAAUAGUGGAGGUGGACGCUCCUCCGCAGGAGGUGCUUCACUGUCUGCUGAGAGAGCAGGAGCUGUGGCAGAGAGACCUCCGGCGGUGCGGCGUGGUGGAGGCCCUGGACAAAGAAACGGAGAUAUACCGCUACGUGCUCCAGGCCGCGGGAGCCCGUCCUCCACUGGACCUCCUGCUGCUGAGGGCCUGGCAGUCUGACCCCGCGGCCGGGCCGCUUUACGUGGCCUCUUGUUCGACGGAGUGUGCCGACGUCCGCCGCGAGGGCGUGAGAGCGCAGGUGCUGUUCUGUCUCUUCCUGGUGGAGUCGCUAGGGGUCAAAAGGUCAAAAGUCACGCACAUCUGCCGGAUGGACACCAGGGGCCGAUCUCCCGGGUGGUACGGCAGAGUCGGCGUGCACCUGCUGGCGUCGGAUCUGGAGGCUCUACGGGACUGUCUCAAGCACAAAGCCAAGGACCCCAGAGCGUGAGACGAGGGCCACUGCACGGAGCGUCCGUCCUCGGGAGAGGAGCUGGUUUCAACCGAGCUGCUGUUCAGGGCCGCCGGAACACGUAACAGAAUAAAUAAAAAACAAGCGCCCAUCAAACAAAAGUCGCACUCCGCGAGACACGCAGCUGUGUUUAAAAAAAAAAAAAACAACCAAAAACAGAACACAAAGAACGGGCGACAUGUCUGAAACGGAGGUGAGAGUCCGUCUCGGCGACGGAACCGCUUUGACUUGGAGACAGUUGGGCCUUGUAAACACAGAGGAACAACGAUGUGACGAGAACGACUUUAGAGGAGUUGCGGGUG